GAGGAGCAUAUCCCACGUCGAAACCAAACAACUACUAUACUUUCUUUUCAUAUUGCAAAAACAACCUUCUUUUGUCUCUUUCCGGAAAUGGGUUCACUACCUAAUUUGGAAACUCCUCCCCAAAUUUCAAGAAUUUCAACAGUAGUUCCAGCAACCCCUCGUGGUGAAGAAAAUAGUGCAUAUAAUCUCAACUACAUGGACCUGCUUAUGAAACUCCACUAUAUCCGAUCCAUAUACUUGUUCAAUUCUAAAGCGGUUCAAAACCUCUCAAUAUCUGACUUAAAAGCACCAAUGUUUCAACUACUUGAUUCAUACUCACAUGUUUCAGGUAGGGUUAGAAUAUCAGAAUCAGGAAGACCGUUUAUCAAGUGCAACGACGCGGGUGUGCGAAUAGCAGAGUCACACUGUGAGAAAACACUGCGUGAAUGGUUGGAUGAGAAAGAGUACUCUGUUGAUGAACUUGUAUAUGAUCAUGUGCUUGGUCCUGAUCUUGCAUUUUCUCCUUUGGUUUUUGUCAAGUUCACAUUCUUCAAAUGUGGAGGACUCUCAGUGGGACUGAGCUGGGCUCACAUUCUUGGAGAUGCAUUUUCAGCUCGUAACUUCAUCACCAAGUGGAGUCACACCCUAGCUGGUCAAGCUCCACCAAAAUCUCUCCACAUGCCAAAUCUCACUAAACCUCAAUUCUUAUCGAAUUCUGUUUAUGAUAAUCCCAUUUCCAUUAAAAGGGCAACAACAAUUGAAGAAUAUUGGCUCGCUGCCACUGAUAGUUAUGUAGCUACUCACACUUUUCACAUCACUUCCAAACAACUUCAUCAUUUGUUAACAACAUCCACAUCAACCAAUAUCAAUAUCAAUACCAAGACAAAGUAUUUUGAAAUUAUUUCAGCUAUGAUUUGGAAAUGUAUAGGACAAAUAAGAGGAAACUUUGGACCUAGGGUUGUGACAAUAUGUACUACAAAUAUCUCUAAUCGCGCUGAAAAUGAAUUCCCGACAAAUGGCUCGGUGUUGAGCAAAAUCGAAACAAGUUUAUCACCUGGGGAAUCUGAAAUAUCAGAAUUAGUGAAGCUAAUUGCUGAGAAAAAAAUGAACGAGAAUCAUGGAUUGGAAAAAAUGAUGGAGGAAGGUGAAGGAAAAGAUGAUUUUAUUGUUUAUGGAGCAAAGUUAACAUUUGUAGAUUUGGAAGAAGGUAAUUUUUAUGGUGUAAAGAUUAAUGGGCAGAAACCAAUUUUGGCAAAUUGUGAUUUUCGUGGUGUGGGUGAUCAAGGAGUUGUUUUGGUUCUUUCAGGACCAGAAGAUUACAAUGGUAAUAAUGGAAGGAUGGUAACAAUUUCUUUACCUGGGAAAGAACUUGACCAAUUGAAAUGUAAACUAGCACAAGAAUGGGAUAUACAAUAUUGUUCGAGUCUUGGACUUUGUUAACGGGUCUUAUUAACUGUGUGUGUGUUUUCUUACCCUUUUGCUUGUUGGUUUUUGUUUGGUCUAUCUCUGUAUGGUGCUAUUAUAUAAGGGUUUAGUUAUUAAUAUUGAUUGUGUUACAAGGAAUGUAACAUACACUUCGAGUCGUUUUGUGAUGUUAGAUAAAGAUUUAGUUACUAAUAUUGAUGAUUGUGUUAUAAGGAA